UCACCCAGAUCAUUCAUUACAAAACAUACCACGUCGCUCCUUCCCCAAUGAAGCUUCCUUUCACCCGACCUCUCUUUCCUCCAGCUCAUCCUCUUCCUUCAGCUCAUUCUCAGCUCAUCAUCCUUUCUUCAGCUCAUCCUAUUGCCUUCGGCUCAUCCUCUUUCUUCCAGCUCACCUUCUUUCCUUCAGCUCAUCUUCUUUCCUUCAGCUCAUCCUCUUUUCUUCAGCUCAUCCUCUUUUCUUCAGCCCAUCCUCUUUUUUUCAGCUCAUCCUCCUUCCUUCAGCUCAUGUUCUUUUUCGUUCACCCAGCUCAUCCUCUUUUGCCCAGUGGGUGUUAAACUGUCUUCGAGAAUGGUUCUACCUCCGAUGAGUGUCGCGAAGCGACCACGCAUUGAGCACUAUCCGUAUCCUCCUAUCCCUCAGAGCAACCAAGACCGACUGAAAAAUGUGGCGGGGGAGUACAACCGCCCCUUCAAACUUCGUUGGAUAGAAUCACUCUCCCUAAGCCAGCUGGGCAUCUCUGCGGAAGUGGCCAUCAUGCGAGCGGAGCUGGCCACAGCCGUCACCAGGGAAAACGAAGGUCUCAUACGGAGCUUCCACCCUUCACUGGCCUCCCACGAGGAGGUCUGGGUUUCAGAAUCGGUUUUCGGGCCCCCUGUCUGGGUGGUUGGUGGCCCUGCGGACAAGGUCGAGGCCGCCGGGCAGCCCAUCCACUUCCACCCCGCUCAUUACAGCGAAUACAUAGGACUAAGCCCGUUGGUCUUUGUGUUUCAGUACCCACACUUUGGCCGCGACAUCAAUCCAAGGAGAUUCUUGACCCGCGAUGACCUGGAUGGCAUCCGGGAGUGCUUCCCAGAAGCAGUCGGCGUCGAGGUUUUAGUCGCUGGGUUUAUAGUUGUGCUCUUUGAAAAACGGAUUCAGAUCAAAAGGGCCUAUGAGCGUGCCUGGCCUAUUGAACUUGGGGGGCUGCUGGCAUUCUUUGAACUGGCCAACUACAGUUGUACAGCUGCUCCGAUGGCAGCGGGGGUGGGUGUUAGCACCGGCAGCGGCUACGAGCAUCGUCGAGCUGGAUGCAUGGGCCUGAGACUGCGACUGCCUGAUGGAUCCAGCGCCAUCACCACGGUUACACAUGGAUUUGUCGUCAACCCGAGUUCAUCCCUUCUGUCCCAGGUGGGGGCUUGGUGUCGAGGAUUCUACUCCCGAAUUAAGGAAGCACUCAUGAGCUAUCGCCCAGUCCAUGUGGAGGACGAAGAAGUCCCCCCCUACCUCUCCACUCCAGACGUACUGACCAACUGCCCGAUCGGCAAGCGGGUGUGGCUCGCUAAUUCUCAUGUCAAGAUUGGGACCAUCACACGAACCUUUGAUCGCCCCAGUGCAGUACGACCAUACCCCGCCGGCUACGCCCAUGAUCUGUCAUUGAUCACUGACGAGGCGCUCGUCGAGCUGGCAAGCCCCCCGGGGUAUCCACAGGUAACUGAGUGGGGUGAAUACGUUGCUGCACUGGAGCAACAGAGUGUUUAUGCUGUCUGCCACCAUAGUUACAUCGAUAAGUGGUGCUGCACAACGGGAACAGCAGACGGCACGCUCUUCAAAAGAGCCACGGUCGUCGGCAGCGGCUACACGUGGGAUAAGGAGUAUAGGACCCAGAACGCGUUUCUUUUAUGGCAUACUGGUAAGGAGAUUUCGCCUGCAGAUGGCUGGUCAGGGAGUCCACUGUGUCUUGGCCGCCCUCAAGACGCCACUGCCAAAGCAUUGGUGUUUCAGAACCUACAGCGGGCAUGCCGGCUGGGUCACUCAGGACAGGAGGUAUUGAUAAAAGGCGGCUUUCUUUUGCCAGCAGAAAUUCGCAAGUCGGAGAUUGAGAGUGCCAACGUUGAUGGCUCUCGAAAGUUCCACACAAGCCCCGUACGGGAGAGGAGCUCGGUCGAAUCAUACCGGCGGAUUGUGUCUGGGGUUUAAUCAUGUUAAGGUGGAUACUCUCUCACUCGAGCUUUGAGGUAAAGAUAGAAAAGGUUGGGAUAUUUCUCCCCAUCUGUUUUCCAAAAAGAAUUAAUAUAUCAUUAU